AUGGACGUUCGACUCGAGCACAACCUGAACCUUCGGACUUGGCAUGCUGCAUCCAACAUCAUCUCACGAUCAACUAAUACACACAGACGGCCUCGUGUUUAUUAUAAGAGCUUGCCUUCAAUACGCUUAUUUCUUCGUGGAAUACGGAUAGGACUCUCUGACCCAGAGUGGAACUUGCGAAUUGACGAAGUGCACCCCAAUCAAACCCCCGUUUCGGUGUUGCCUCCAACUCCUCCCAUAUCCGACCUUGUUCUGCCUGCAAAGCAAGACCCCAAAAAGCCUAUUCUACCUCGCAGCGUCAACCAUCGUAAUGAACUGGGUACCGAUAGCGAUGACGAUGAAAGUCGAGCUUCAGGCUUCGUGGUAGAUCCCACUGUCAAAGUCCGGAAUUGGUCAUUUCACCCAUCAGACUUGAUUCUCCAAAUGAUGCUUUCUAAGUACCCUGAAGCUAAAGUUGCUUUUGUUGAUGAUUACAUAUGGUCGCAAUGUUUGAAGAUUGAUAAACCGAUAGAUUGUUUCCAAGAUUCCAACGACCCGUUGACUUUUAGAUGUUUACAGGAAGGCUUCGUUUCAGAUUGGGGAGCCCUAUUGGAAAACCUCUUCAACUCAUACAGAAUUGUUGAGACAGAUGAUCUGGUGGCUUCGCAAUUUACGAAACCGACUGAGGUAAAGGAGAUAUUUGAUAGAAAAGAUUCAGAUAGAAAGGAGAUCUCAUGGAAAUCGACGUUGAAAGACAUUGAAAAUCAGGGGACGCCAUCUCUAGACGUGUUCAUCGAUGUACUGACCACCCAAAAUCGAACACCCAAUCCAUACGAUAUCAUCCACCAGCUUGCCACUCAACCACUUUCCUGCAACAAACAUGUUCUCCAAAUCAUCAUUGAUUGA